AUGUGGGAUAAAUCAGAGAAUUUCGAGAUUUUCCUCGUUGGAACGCUGAAGCGCCAAUCAACCGCCGUCCUUGGUGUUGUCGGACUCGCCGUAUUCGUCAUUCCCUUAAUAUGGCUCUUCUCUUCAAAGCGAAGCAAGAAUCCAAAGGCACUCCAUUUGCCAAUAUACCGGGUAACUCCAGGGGCCGAUGCUGCGAAACUACUUGAAGAAGCCCACGAAGAGUGUCCAGACGAGCCGUUCAUACUGGACAUGCUGGGUCUCGCAGCCGUGAUAUUGCCCACCUCCGAGAUUGAGACGGUCAAGUCGUUGCCGGAAUCAGUACUAUCCAUCAAGAAGCAUCACUACAAUGUCUUUCUUGGCGAAUAUUCAUAUAUGGGAACCAAAGCAGAAGAAUUCGACGCUACAGUGCGGCACACCCUGACAAGAAAUACACCCAUCAUGUUGCGGUCAUUCACCGCUGAGAUUGAUUACGCCAUCGAAACUAGCAUCGGGCGUUGCGACGAAGGCUGGACCCCAAUUACCGUUCGAGCGGCCAUGUCAAAGGUGGCGUCGCUCCUGUCUGGUCGUGCCUUUGUCGGCUUGCCCCUGAGUAGAGAUCCGGGUUGGGUGGAGGCCACGACCAACUUCACUCAGGAUGUAUCUCGAGCUUCCUUCCAUCUCCACCGUCUUUCCUGGUGGGCGAAGCCGUUCAUUGCUCCAUUCUGUGACCCGGUCAAGUCGUUGAUGCGCCACCGACAAAUGAAUGUUGAAAAGUUGGCACCAUUGCUCGAGCAGAAGCGGUCUCAACCCAGUGUCGUCGACACGCAAGGCGUGUCCAAGGCAAACGAUAUUGCUGGAGGAGAACUACUGGACUGGUUCAUGAUGAGAUAUGAAAAACCUCCCACUGCCCAUCAAUUGGCGAGGGACCAGCUUUUGGCUACGUUUGCAUCAAUCUACAAUCUUUCCAACGCCCUGUCGUACAUGAUAUUUGACCUGGCUGCGUACCCGGAACAUGUAGAACAACUUCGACAAGAGUUCAAGGAUGUUGUUGGAGAGCAUGGAGUCAUCGACAAGAGCAACCUACCGCGGUUGAGGAAGUUUGAUAGUUUUGUGCGGGAGUCGCAGCGCUUAAGCCCCCCUUCCGUUGCAAAUAUCCCAAGAGUGGUGACGAGCCCUGGAGGGUUCCGCACCUCAACAGGCCAAGUAAUUCCGCAAGGUUAUACCGUCAUGAUUCGAGCAGAACCAAUCAACAGAUCUGCAUCCUUAUGGCCGGACCCCCAAACCUUUGAUGGAUUUCGAUUCUCAAAGCUGAGAGAGGAGCCAGGAAAUGAUGUCAAAUUUCAGCAUGUGAGCACCGGAGCUGACAAUAUCAACUUUGGACAUGGCAUCUGGGCAUGUCCUGGUCGUUUCUUUGCCAGCGCAGAGUUGAAGGUGGUGUUGGCACACGUUUUGAUGCACUACGAUGUUCGACUGGUACCAGGAACCAAGAGACCCCAUAGCCUCCACUUUGGCUUUGCCAUUCUACCCGACUCCGAUGCGGUURUAGAGUUCCGGCGCAGAGUCAGUACAUAG